AAAAAAAAGGAAAUUGAAAUUUUUGUGAACCAAUUUUUUUUAGAAAAAAAAACCUGUAAAUAUUAAACAAAAAUUAAGAUAAUUUCUUAAAUUUAAAAAAAGAAAAAAACCAAAAAAAAAAGUGAAAAUGGUUUCUGUACAAAAUUCAUCAAUUGCAGUGAUAAUCGCCCUCAUCGGAUGUUUUGUGCUAUCAGCUGACGCCAUCAGAUGUCACCUGUGCAAUUCUCAUCUAGACGAAGAUUGUAACAGUUUGCGACUAACUGUACCUCGUGGAGUGCGUGACGAACAAUAUCUAACCGAGUGCGAAGAACGAGAAGAUGCCACGCGAGUAUUUUGCCGGAAGACCGUGACUAAUAUUCUCGUGAACGAAGAAAAACGUAUUGUCCGCGGCUGUGGCUGGCACGCAGAGGACUUGCGUGGACGUAACGACACCUGCAUCACUGCCGAUAAUGAAGGAUUCUUUGAGGAAAUUUGUGCCUGUUUUACAGAUGGUUGUAAUUCGGCUCCAAUGGGUGUGCGAGCGAAUGUCCAAAUGGCAUUUGGUAUUAGCAUUUUAAUGCUCAUUGUUGCAACUGUUAGAAGUGGUUAAGAAGAGUUUUUUAUUGAGUCCGUUUUAGUGCUCACGUUGAAAAAGUUAUAUUAUAUUAAAGUUGUUGUAUUUAUGGUUAAGAAAAAGAAAAAAGGAAAAUGUUUGCAUUCACUUCCAAUUUAUUUUUAUUAUAUGAUUUGAAAAAUCAUUAUUUAAUUGAGAAAAAAUAAUAAAACAAUAAAAUGCAUAGCUACACAAAAAUAUAAUUUCUUAAUUUAA